GGCUUUGCUAAGACGCCCUGUGCUAUAUGCAUAAUAAGUAUAAAGCAACGAUGUCUUUAGUGAAAGAUAUCGCUCCCAUUGGAAUAUAAACAUCAAGACCCUGAAAAUCAUUUUAUUUCCAAUUUAAAUCUCCAUCUAUAUCCGCUAUAAGUGAUACGGCCGAGUGCAACAUGGCUGCGAUCGAAGCUACCAAAGAAGAAGCAAUCGACAGGAUUGGCGAUGCCUUCCCUCGCUUCCAAAGAAUAUCGCGAAUCGAGAGCACUCUGAAAGACACCGAAGACCUACCCAAGGCUUUCCCAGUAGUCGCAAAGAAACUCCCCCUCCUGCCCAAGAUCUUCACCUCCAUUAACUCCCACCGGCAGGGGAUCGAAGACACAACGGAAACAGCCAAAGACCUAGAGGCCUUCCACAAAAUUAAACAAUCCACAGAUGUGGGCAGUACACACUGCUCAUCUGGAACAACGAGGCAAGCAAUGAGGCAAUACGACUGGUAUUGUGGGUUGGUUGGUGAUGUUGUGGUGAAGGUGGCUGCGGUGGGCUGGAUCAACCAGGAAGUGGAUCGGGCAGCUGGUGCCUGGGGCACCAGCCACUGCCUCAGCGGCACCGCGCAAAAGACGGCUCGCUACGUGGCCCUGGUGGAGCAAAAUGACGGACAGGGUCUGGAGAAGCUGAUGGAAGACAUGUUGAACCAGAUGAUUGAUGUCGCGAAACCAACGUUUGUGGCCGAAGAGCUUGUGAUCGAGUUGAAUGAGGCGCUGGCUGAGGUAAAGAAGCUCCCGAGAUCGUUGGCGAAGAAGCAGGGGGGGGGGUCGAUUGUGCUGAACAAUUAUGGUGAUGGAGUUCAGUUCCAGCAUAGCGGAACGGGGUCUCAGAAUCACAGCACUGGAGGUUUGAUGGUCACCGGCCAGAACUCAUGGCGCAACAUACAAUCAUGGGAAAGUCUGAGGGCUUGGCGAGACGAGGGAUCAGAAGAGCACGCGUGCGACAUAAGGAUGAGGAGGUAA